GGCGCUGGGAGAGGUGGAGGCGCGGCCCGUGGCGGCGGCGGCGGUGGCGGCGGCGGCAGCUGGCGACCGGGCGCGUUAGACGGGGCCGGGGUCCGCGGCGCGCUCUCCGCCCACAGAAAUGAGCCGUCAGACUGCUACAGCAUUACCCACUGGCACCUCAAAGUGUCCACCAUCCCAGAGGGUACCUGCCCUGACUGGCACAACUGCAUCCAACAAUGACUUGGCGAGUCUUUUUGAGUGUCCUGUGUGCUUUGACUAUGUGUUGCCACCCAUUCUUCAGUGUCAGAGUGGCCAUCUUGUUUGUAGCAACUGUCGCCCCAAACUCACAUGUUGUCCGACCUGCCGGGGCCCAUUGGGAUCCAUUCGCAACUUGGCUAUGGAGAAAGUGGCCAAUUCAGUACUUUUCCCUUGUAAAUAUGCCUCUUCUGGAUGUGAAAUAACUCUGCCGCACACAGAAAAGGCAGAGCAUGAGGAGCUCUGUGAGUUCAGGCCUUACUCCUGCCCCUGCCCUGGUGCUUCCUGUAAGUGGCAAGGCUCCUUGGAUGCUGUCAUGCCCCACCUGAUGCAUCAGCACAAGUCCAUUACAACCCUGCAAGGAGAAGACAUAGUUUUCCUUGCUACAGACAUUAACCUUCCUGGUGCUGUUGACUGGGUGAUGAUGCAGUCUUGUUUUGGCUUUCAUUUCAUGUUAGUCUUGGAGAAACAGGAAAAGUAUGAUGGUCACCAGCAGUUCUUCGCAAUUGUACAGCUGAUAGGAACACGCAAGCAAGCUGAAAAUUUUGCUUAUCGACUUGAGUUAAAUGGUCAUAGGCGGCGAUUGACUUGGGAAGCGACUCCUCGAUCUAUUCAUGAGGGAAUUGCAACAGCCAUUAUGAAUAGUGACUGCCUAGUGUUUGACACCAGCAUUGCACAGCUUUUUGCAGAAAAUGGCAAUUUAGGCAUCAAUGUAACUAUUUCCAUGUGUUGAAACGGCAAUCAAAUAUUUCUGGCCAGUGUUUAAAAUUUGCAUUUGACUUCACAGAGAAUAAGGCACCCAUCUGCUUGCCAACCUAAAACUCUCCUGGUAGGUAGAAGCUAGACACAUGAAGGUAAAUAAAAAGAAAGGCUGUUAAUACAGGAAACAGUUGCAUGUAGUAACACUAAUAUAUUUAAAAAUAAUUCAACAGUAAACCACUGAAAAAAAAUAUAUAUACCCAAGAUGGGCAUCUUUUGUAUUAAGAAAGGAAACAUUGUAAAAUAUUUCUGAACUUUGUGUUUGUUGUAGAUUGAUUGUAUUGUUGACAACAAUUUUUUGGGGGGUGUGUGUCUGUGCACACAUGCGUGCACAUGUGUGGUUGGUUUUCCUUUAACUGACAAGCCAUCUGCGUGGUCAUAGACCACUGCUUUCCCCUUGUGAGUCAAUACAUAGUGCUGCUGUGUUUUUUGUUUUGUUGGUUUUUUUUCUCCUUUUUUUUUUGUGUGUGUGUGUAUUUGCUAAUUUUUAUUCUAGUUUUUCAUGAAAUAAAUUUGACUUUCUUUUCUGUAAUUCAGGUUUUUCUCACUUUUGUACCUUUUAAGUUAGUGUCUUUUUGAUAUUCAUAAUUGCUUAUGUCAAAAGUUUGUGUUCAGUACAUACUUUCUUUUCCUUCAGUCAAUUUAUUAGAAAUAUUUUUAAUUCAGCCCUUUUGUGAAAAUAGGAAUUCCAGAAAGGAAAGGUGACGUGAGAGCAGCUGUCAUAGCUGCAGCAGGUGUAGGAUGGUCUUGUCUGUGUGAGUCACACCGUCAGGCUUGCUCUUUGAAAGGUUAGGUUAGGGAGUAAACUCUGAUUUAUAUAAGUAUUUAAAAAAUCAGGCUUUUCCUCUCUUCAAAUGUCUUGGGCAAAUCACAUGUUUAAAUUGGUUCUUGCAUUUAUUGGUUUUGCAAAAGAGUGCAUCAUCAUACACAGUAUUUGUAAUUAAAGUAAAUCAUUUGUUUUUAAAAAAAGGCAGUUUGCAAAAAAUGUUUUUGGUCUUUUAUAAUUCUCAUUAAAAGAUUAUCUGGCAAAUUAAAAAAAAUCUUAAUGUGU